AUGGACUACAAAGAGAUAUCUGAAGACAGAAUUCAAUUAACUACCUAUAUAUUAUGGUGGUUAUGGAAGAGCAGGAAUUUAUGUGUUUUUGAGAACAAAAGGAUGCCAGCAAAGAGGAUCAUUGACAAUGCAGUACAGGACUGGAGAGAUUUCCAAGAAAUACAGUACCAGUACAGCACUUAUCGUAUUUCAAAUGAUUUCAAAGACAAAAAGGUGGGGACCCUGAACGGGUAUCACAUUGAGUACGAUAUUGAUGUCAUAUGGGAUGACGAGGCCAUCAGUUUUGCCUUAGAAAUAUCCAUCAGAGUGUGCACACUUUUAGUUUCAGGUAACAGGUCGAAGAAGAGGUGUGAGUGGAGCAGUGUUGGUGUGGAUCGCAAAUCAAAAAUUCAAGCAUUCUCAUUUGUUCUGGAGGCUAUAAAGGGCAGGAUCAAUAGCUGGAGAAGUAAACUGUUAUCACCUGCAGGUAAGGAAGUUAUGAUCAAAGCUGCUUUAAGCUCGCUGUAUCUGUUUGCAAAGAAGUGGCAAGGUUAUGUGCUAACUACUGGUGGAGUAAAGAUGGUUGCUCUCCCUAAGGAUCAAGGUGGUCUUGGGUUCCAGGAUAUCAGGCUUUGCAAUGAGGCCAUUAUAAUGAAAAAAUUGUGGAAGUUAGCCACCCAGCCUAAACUUUUAAAGUGGUGGAUCUUGGCUAUGGAACUCAUGGAUGGAGAUCAAGCCCAAUGGCAGAAGCACAACUAUACUGGGAUACCCUUAGGUCCAUACAAACUGCAGAGAAUCAAAUUCAAACCAGGGGUUCAGUCUUCAUGCAACCUGGUUAAGGAUCUUGUUGUUGUCUUGAAUUAA